AUGAAUACGUACUCCGUGGCUCAAAUAGUGGCUAUCUCAUCGUCCUUCUGGUUAUCAGGGGAAAUCUUCACCUACUCUUAUGGCGCCGUCCACGCUACCCUGGAAGCUACCUCAAAAUCCCAGACCCUAACAGCAAAACAAUGGGCCAGAUUCUACCACCGAGGCCACGCCAUCGGACCCGCCUGCGCCGCGCUGGGAGCAGGAACAUUCGCCUGGUGUGCCUUGUCAUCCCAUAACAUUCUAUACUGGGGUGCUGCGGCGUUCAAUCUUGGCAUUGUUCCUUGGACACUCUUGUUCAUGGUGAAGACAAAUAAUGCUCUUUUCGAAUAUGCGCAUCGGGCCGAGGAGAAGAGUACUGAGCAGGACGAUGUGCGUCUGACUGCUUUGCUUAGGAAAUGGUCUACGCUGAAUACCAUUCGCUCUUUCUUUCCGUUUGUUGGUGGUGUUCUUGGACUGAUUGCUGCUGUGGCUUGA